AUGGAAAGCAGCAUCCCACGCGCCUCCUUGAAGAUGGAUAGUAAGCCGUUCACUCCAAAGAACAAACCAAAAAAGUCUUUAAGACCUGUUGCCUCAGCCGAAACAAUAGAGGCGUUUGUGAAGACUGAAGUACACCUGACUCCUGUCAAGCUCAUAUAUUCCCAAAACUAUUUGUCUCUCUUCAAAGACAAGAAUAAAAACCUCCCAGAGGGCAUCAAGUCGGGCACUUUUUCGGGUAUUUUCAAAGUGUGUGUUACACCCCAAGAAGAUUGUAAAAAGAAUAUGGAGAGACGCUUACCAAGUGAAUUGUAUGUUCCGCGGACAAGCCACUCGCCAGAAAUUGUUGAUGAGGACAAAAGAGAGAAGGCAAGAGACAAACAAAUCUCAUUUGGGAAGAUGACAACUGAGUAUGUUAACUACAUCAACAUUAUCCCAAAGAACAAAAGAAGAAUCACAGACCCGGAGACCCCAAAUGUUGGGAUGAAAGCGUCGAAAAGAAGAUGGGAUCAAGUUGUCAGAAGGUGGAGAAGAGCGCUGCAUGCGUUUGAUGAUGUACACGAGGAGAACCAGGUGGAGUUGGCCAGGGCGCUUGCUAUGCGUCUUGAGAAUGAACACGAUCCAAAAAGGACGGCCUACCUAUUUAGAGAUUCUACCAACUUGGUCAGAGACGAGUGA